UUACAAAGACCAAGGUCUCAUCUCUGUGUUGUAUUUUCCAUAUAAUUUUAUUAUAUUCAUACAUGACAACCAAGUGUUAAGCAUCAGAAAGAUUUGUGCCCAGGCUGAGUCUUACUAGCUUCUUCUUUGAGGUUCUGUGGCAUUUAGUAUGAUAAAAAGUUUCGCCCUUCCUAGCAAAUUCUCAAAAUUAGAUAAUUCAAAUAUCAGAGGUUCUAGAGUGUACAGAACGAGGAUGGAACUUACUAUUGCUCAACCAGAUGAUUGGCAUCUUCAUCUUCGUGAUGGUGAACUUCUUGAAGCUGUUGUCUCUCACAGUGCAAAACAAUUUGGAAGGGCAAUAGUGAUGCCAAAUCUUAGACCACCAAUUACAACUACGGCAGCGGCUAUCUCAUAUCGGGAAUCCAUCAUGAAAGCACUGCAAGGAAACGCUACUGAUUUCACACCAUUGAUGACACUUUAUUUAACGGAUAAAACAACUCCACAUGAAAUCAAACUAGCAAGAGAAAGCGGGGUUGUGUAUGGUGUGAAGUUAUACCCUGCUGGUGCUACUACAAAUUCUCAAGAUGGUGUGACAGAUCUAUUUGGGAAAUGUGUACCUGCGCUGGAAGAAAUGGUUAAUCAGAAUAUGCCUCUUCUGGUUCAUGGAGAAGUUACUGAUCCCGAAGUUGAUAUUUUCGAUCGUGAGAGGGUAUUCAUCGAAACUGUUCUAAAACCCUUAAUACAAAAAUUCCCAAAACUAAAAGUGGUGAUGGAGCAUGUUACUACCAUGGAUGCUGUUAAAUUUGUUGAGUCAUGUGAUGAAGGCUCUGUUGCAGCUACAGUAACCCCACAACAUCUUCUUCUGAAUAGAAAUUCGCUUUUUCAAGGAGGAUUACAACCACACAACUACUGUCUUCCAGUACUCAAGAGGGAGACUCACAGACAGGCUAUUGUUGCUGCUGUCACAAGUGGAAAUAAAAGAUUUUUCUUAGGAACCGAUAGUGCACCUCAUGAAAGGCUACGAAAAGAAUGUGCGUGUGGAUGUGCUGGUAUUUUCAACUCUCCUGUGGCACUCUCUCUCUAUGCUAAGGUUUUUGAAGAGGCGGAUGCACUUGACAAACUGGAGGCAUUUACGAGCUUUAAUGGACCAGACUUUUAUGGGCUUCCAAGAAACACGAGAAAAAUCACACUGCAAAAGACAACAUGGAAGGUCCCAGAAUCAUACUCAUAUGCAUCUGGAAAUAUAGUUCCUAUGUCUGCAGGUGAAUCGCUUGAAUGGCUGCCACAAUUGGUUUAACUAACGCUUCAUCCAUACAAGUUUGAAAUCAUGAAUUAUGAAAUUUUCAAAGUUACAGAAUAAACCUUGUAGAGACGCAUUUCUCCAACUCUAGAAAAACAAGUUGGCACAAUGGUGCAUUUCUUUUUAUAACGAUUUUUAUUUCUUGUCUGUUAA